GUAAUUGAAAGCAUGAUGGGUUCAGCACGGAAGUACGAGCUUCCGUUCAAGCUCCAAAACCCGGAUCUUCUUCACAACCAGUCGUGCGUUGGUGGCGAGUGGGUGAAUGCAAAGUCUGGCAAGACAUUCGAGGUUGUUGACCCCGGUACUGGAAAGGCAUGGAUAGAGUGUCCUACAAACAAUGCCUCUGAUGUCGACGCCGCUGUGAAGAACUCGCACCAAGCUUUCCUCGAAUACAAGAAGAUCAGCCCGCGCCAGAGAGCACAGUUCCUAUACAAAUGGGACCAAUUGAUCCGUGAGAAUAGGGAAGACAUUGCUACAAUCCUCGUCUACGAGACUGGAAAGCCUCGUUCUGAGGCCUACGGCGAGAUCGAUUACUCGACUGGCUUUACAUGGUGGUUCGCUGGAGAGGCAGAGCGCAUCCAGGGUAGCAACUUCAUCCCUGCGUUACCGAACCGCCGUAUUUUCACCAUUAAGCAGCCGGUGGGUGUCGCUGCUGCUCUAGUCCCAUGGAACUUCCCAAUCGCCAUGAUCUUGCGAAAGGCUGGUGCAGCUCUGGCCGCAGGAUGUACCAUGAUCGUCAAGCCUAGCCCAGAAACACCCAUCACUGUCCUUGCAUUGGCCCACCUUGCACUCAAGGCUGGCUUCCCUAAAGGAGCGCUGAACGUGCUGACCACAGAUCUUGACAAAACCCCCGAGCUCAGUGAAGCGCUCUGUCGCCAUCCACUUAUUGCAAAGGUCACAUUCACCGGUUCAACCAGAGUCGGAAAGCUGGUCGCGAAGAUCUGCUCGGACAAUCUGAAGAAGGUGACUCUGGAGUUGGGCGGGAACUGUCCGGUUCUGAUCUUCGACGAUGCGAACAUUGAACAAGCAAUGUCCCAGAUCUUCGCCCUCAAGUACCGUCAUGCAGGUCAAGCCUGUAUCACAGCGAACCGAAUCUACGUCCAAUCCGGCAUCUUCGACAAGUUCCUCGAGAAGUGGAAUGCCGAGACAGACAAGAUCAUUGUUGGCCACGGCUCAGACGAGAAGACCACCAUGGGCCCCGUGACAACACCUCGCGGUGCUCAAAAGGCACUUGAGCUCGUCGAGGACGCGAAGAAGAAGGGCGCAAAAAUCCACAAAGGUGGAAACAAGAUCGACAGGAAGGGCGGGUACUUCUUUGAGCCAACCGUUAUCACUGGCGUGACCCCCGACAUGGAUAUUGCAAACGAAGAGGUGUUCUCGCCGAUCUGCACGUUCAUAAAGUUCGAGACAGAGGAGGAGGCGGUCAAGAAGGCAAAUGACACUUCUAUGGGUCUGGCAUCCUAUCUGUUCACCAAGAAUGUAGACCGUAUGUGGAGGUUGUUCGAGAGUCUUGAGGCUGGCAUGAUCGGGCUGAAUACUGGUAACUCUUCAGCCGCCGAAUCACCGUUCGGUGGCAUCAAGCAGAGUGGCUACGGAAAGGAGUCUGGAAAGGAUGUAGCUGUGAACGAGUACCUGAUCACAAAGACGGGUACCUUCACCCUGGAGGAGAAUGCUUGAGCGGUCAGGCAGGCAGUAACCGAACCGUUUGAGGCGGUGUAAAUAACACAAAUAAAGUCUGAGACCAGAUUUCAUGAUACA